CGCCAAACAAACGUGUGCCAAGCUCACACGCCAAACAGCCUCACCCUCCUCAGCCAGCCCGUCGCUCGUGCCCCCGGAUCCAAUUGUGCGGCUCGGCUCCUCGUCACCAUCACGACCACGACGCUGCAUCUCCUCGUCACCGCUGCCCCUAGUCCCGCGCCCUGCCGUUUCUCUCGACCGUCACCCGGUGCCCGCACCUCUGAGACCCUUACCCCCCGUGUGCGGCGCUUAGUGCCACCGCCAGCCAACGGCCAGCAACGACAUCCUCGGCUCGCCCCAAGACGAUACCAGAGCGAUAUACUAUACCACCCGCGAAUCCUCGUCCGAACAACGUCCCGUCCGGCCGCCACCGCUUGCGAUACCGAAGCCCUGCUUUGCAAAUCCAGCGACUUUUUUGACGCAACUUUUCGUCCCCGUAAACCCUUGUCGAGCGGCCAUCAAAAAGGCGGCGCAGCCUCCUAUCCCACGCGAGCGCGCCAACGACUCCAAGUCCGCCCAGAGCACAAUAUUUAAAUGCUAGUCGAGCGGGCCGAGGAGGAACUCAGGCUCUGCGACUUGGGGAAGAGUCCGUCACGCCCAAUUGGGUCAGCGCCGACGCCGUCGUGGUAGCACUCGUCUUCCGCCAUCAUGUCUGCCGUCCGCGGACCGCAACUGCAACCCGCCUCACCCGCCGUCACGCCCGCCGCCAUGCCUCCGGAGCCAGACGUCAUCAGCGAGCCGGCCAAGGCGCCUGAGAAGUUCGUUGCCCUGCGCGAGCGCGUCUCGCAGCCCGUCAUCGCGGCCUUUUGCGCCGGCGGGGUGGCCGGUGCCGUCUCGCGCACCGUCGUCUCGCCGCUCGAGCGGUUAAAGAUCCUUAUGCAGAUCCAGAGCGUGGGCCGCGAUGCGUACAAGCUGUCUGUCGGCCAGGCGCUCGCCAAGAUGUGGAGGGAAGAAGGCUGGAGGGGCUUUAUGCGCGGCAACGGCACCAACUGCAUCCGCAUCGUCCCUUACUCGGCUGUUCAGUUCAGCAGCUACAACUUUUACAAGAGAAACAUAUUUGAGCCAUACCCCGGUGCCGACCUGGCACCCCUUACUCGCCUCGUCUGCGGCGGCGUGGCGGGCAUCACCUCCGUCUUCUUCACAUACCCCCUCGACAUCGUCCGCACGCGCCUAUCCAUCCAGUCCGCCAGCUUCGCUGAGCUAGGCGACAAGCCGAAACAGCUACCCGGCAUGUGGGCAACACUGGCUCACAUGUUCAAGACCGAGGGCGGCGUUCGCGCACUGUAUCGCGGCAUUGUCCCCACGGUGGCGGGCGUUGCACCCUACGUACGCACAAUAUGCAGGUCCGGCCUUGUAGAUCUCUGUGCUAACAUGCAGGCCAGGUUGGCCUCAACUUUAUGGUCUACGAGUCCGUGCGGAAACACUUUACCCCUGAAGGCGACAAGAACCCAAGCGCUGUUCGGAAACUGGCAGCCGGAGCUAUUUCCGGAGCUGUCGCACAGACCUGCACAUAUCCCUUGUAAGACGAAUGCAUUCUCUCUUGUCCCCUCAUGAGCCGCUCUGACCCAAGCAGUGAUGUGCUACGUCGACGCUUCCAGAUCAACACCAUGUCAGGCAUGGGCUAUCAGUACAAGGGUAUCGGCGAUGCCAUCCGCGUCAUUGUUCGACAAGAGGGCAUUCGUGGCCUGUACAAAGGCAUUGUCCCCAACCUGUUAAAGGUCGCCCCCAGCAUGGCCUCAAGCUGGCUGAGUUUCGAAAUGACGCGGGACUUCCUCACGGGUCUCAACCCGGACGCGGACGCAGAGUCUGCGUCCCUGUAACUAUGUAUAAAGCGCAGCAAGAGUUGAGUGGGCGGACUGCAUGGCUUGGUGUCUCCUUGACAUUCUUUCUUCUACUCGUCGUACAGUCCCACUGGUCUUUGUUUCCUUCUCCCUAUUAGGGAGGUGAGGCGCAAAGGCCUACCUACUAGAGCACGAGAACAGGGUGGAAUGGGGCGACGAAGUCGAAUUACAAUCUAGAGCAAGGACACUUACCCUUGGGAGUGACUCCUGGAUAGCAUACAGCAAAGGGGCGUCGGCACUGGAUAGCACGCGACGCAGAGUGUCCCGCCGCUGAAAAUAGACGAGCGAUUGCUCAUACCUCGUAC